GUUUCUUUAUGCCUAUUUUAUUUAACCUAAUGUUUAUAUAUUUAUACUUUAGGCAUGUACGCUGUGAGCGCUUGAAAACCGACGUCGAAAAUGUCUGGUUUUUACAUUUAAUUUCGGCCAAUGAAGUUAUUCGGAUUUUGAUUCUCUGCUAUCUGCACUCGAUUGCUUUCGCCUGGAGUGGAUCACAGAGCCGUGGCUGCCGCUGAUGCAACCUGCUGUCAGGUCCACUCAGCCGGCUGUUUCUCUCCUCCGAAACUCAUUUUAAGAGUACCAGUUCACAGCUUCUUGUCACAAAGCCCGGCAUCAUGGCAGGUCAGCUCAGUCCGGAGGAGAAGUUCAACCUCAUCACCAGGAACCUGCAGGAGGUCCUCGGUGAGGAGAAGGUGAAGCAGGUUCUCCAGGAGAGGGAGCUGAAGGUUUACUGGGGCACGGCGACCACUGGCAAGCCGCACGUGGCUUACUUUGUCCCGAUGUCGAAGAUAGCAGAUUUCCUGAGGGCCGGCUGCGAGGUCACGAUCCUGUUCGCAGACUUGCAUGCCUACCUUGACAACAUGAAGGCUCCCUGGGAGCUGCUGGAGCUCCGGGUGAAGUACUACGAGCAGGUGAUCAAGGCCAUGCUGGAGAGCAUCGGCGUCCCUCUGGAGAAGCUGCGCUUCAUCAAAGGCACCGAUUUCCAGCUGAGCCGAGAGUACACCCUGGAUGUGUACCGCCUGUCCUCCAUGGUGACCGAGCACGACGCCAAGAAGGCUGGAGCUGAAGUGGUGAAGCAGGUGGAGCAUCCUCUGCUGAGUGGGCUUCUCUAUCCCGGACUACAGGCUUUAGACGAGGAGUACCUGAAAGUUGACGCCCAGUUCGGAGGAGUUGACCAGAGGAAGAUCUUCACUCUGGCCGAGAAGUACCUUCCCUCUCUUGGUUACGCUAAACGAUCACAUCUGAUGAACCCAAUGGUUCCAGGACUGACGGGGGCUAAAAUGAGCUCCUCAGAGGAAGAGUCAAAGAUCGACCUGCUGGACUCCAAAGAAGACGUGAAGAAGAAGCUGAAGAAGGCUUUCUGCGAGCCGGGAAACACCGACAACAACGGCGUUCUCUCUUUUGUUAAAUACGUCCUCUUUCCUCUACAAGGAGAGUUCUCCAUCAAGCGGGAUCCAAAAUGGGGCGGAGACAAAGUUUACACGGACUUUAAAGAGGUGGAGGACGACUUUAGAGGAGAGAUGAUCCAUCCCGGAGACUUGAAGGCCUCGGUGGAAGUCGCCCUGAAUCAGCUCCUGGAGCCAAUCAGGAAGAAGUUUCAGUCUCCAGAGCUCCGCAAGCUCACCAACGCUGCUUAUCCCGAUCCGUCCAAGACAAAAGCAGGAGGAAAAGGCGCUAAGACGGCCGGAGGCGGCGGAGGGGACGAUGACGAGCUGGCGCCCUCCAGACUGGACAUCAGGGUGGGGAAAAUCGUCAGCGUGGAGAAGCAUCCGGACGCCGACUCGCUGUACCUGGAGAAGAUCGACGUCGGGGAGCCGGAGCCCAGGACUGUGGUGAGCGGGCUGGUGGCCUACGUUUCCCAGGAGGACCUGCAGGACAGAGCCGUGUUGGUGCUGUGCAACCUGAAGCCGCAGAAGAUGCGAGGGAUCGAGUCUCAAGCCAUGCUGCUGUGCGCCUCCAUAGAAGGCGAGCCCAGGAGGGUGGAGCCUCUCGACCCUCCAGAGGGUUCUUCGCCAGGGGAACGGGUCUUUGUGGAGGGCUACGAGUCGGGGAAAGCGGAUGAAAAAUUGAACCCAAAGAAGAAGGUGUGGGAGAAACUGCAGGCGGACCUGAAGAUCUCAGACGAGUGUGUGGCUCAGUGGAAAGACAGGAAGCUGCUGACCAAACUGGGACAGAUCACGUGUAAGACGCUAAAAGGAGGCAACAUCAGCUAAAUACUCACAUGGACUCCCGUCGAUCGUCAAAGCUGCUCCACAAAUCUCCAUGGCAACACCACGAAGCUUCAUCUGGAUGUCUUUGGAAGGGUGAAGGGGUAUUUCUGGCUAAAUAGACCAACUGCUUUAUCUUGACUGAGGACAAAGUAUGAAGUCAUUUGCUAUGACUAACUAAUUAAUCAAAGUUUGUUACUUACACACUUAAUGUAUUUGUACAACAAAUAUUUGACUGAGUGGAGGUAUGGGACAGUGAUCAGUUUGCUCCUUUCUAGAUCUAAGUAAUGAUAUCUCAGGUUUUUGAAGGGGAACUCAACGUUUUGGUAUUUUUCUGGGUUAAAAGUGUCAAGACAGAGGUCAGUCUGCCAAAUCUGAUUAAAAGGGAUCCUUUCAAACUUUCUAUACACCUCAUGUAUGUAAAAUCCAUAUGCCUCUAGAUGGAAGACGGUUGUACACAGAAAUCCAUGUCUGAUUAUCUGAUUGUCUGAUUAAUGCAUCAUCUGUAAAAUGAAAUAAACACUGGCAGAAUCAGAGAUCUGCUGGCAAUAACUGUUUUAA